UCUAAAGAGCACGCACACAUAUAACGAGAAAAAGGUAUCCAAGAGCCCGAAGAGGUACCCCUAAAAAUCCCUGCAGCACCGUAUGCGUGCCCAAAAACUGAACUGCACGUCCGUCCCACCGUUCGACUACAGUAGCAUCACCCCCUCCCUGUCCCACUCUAUACCAAAACGGAAGAUUGCCGACUACAGCAUA